GUACGUUUCUUCUUCCUUUUUUACCCUAAUAAAUUUGUUUUGCAGGUUUUACAAAAGAAAACCAGCGUCAUCCAGGAUUUCACAUUAAUCUUUAUCUGUUUCCACAUCUCUGUGUGAUCUCUGUGGUUUUAAAAUCCCACGUUUCCAGCGCAUUCCACUAUUGUCUAAGAAAAGUUGUUUUAAACCUUUGCUCUGCAAGCACCAGAGGAGAACUCAUAAAAAGGAAGACAACAGCAGAUGCAAUCACGGAUGUGGCUUAGUCCUUGCAGCGGCCCCAGAGAGCUGUUCAGAGUGUACCAUCCGCAGUAAUGAAUCCAGAAGAGCGAAUUGUGACAUGGCUUAUAUCUCUUGGCGUUUUGGAUUCUCCAAAAAAGACCAUCUGCGAUCCGGAGGAGUUCUUGAAGUCCUCGCUGAAAAAUGGGGUAGUGCUAUGCAAACUGAUCAACAGACUUAUGCCUGGCUCGGUGGAAAAGUACUGUCUGGAGCCCCAAACGGAAGCCAGCUGCAUCAGCAACAUCAAUGAGUUCCUGAAAGGAUGCGCACCCCUUCAAGUGGAGGUCUUUGAUCCCGAUGAUCUUUACUCAGGGGUCAAUUUCUCCAAAGUUCUCACUACUCUUUUAGCUGUCAACAAAGCAACAGAAGAUCAGCUAUCAGAAAGACCAUGUGGACAUUCCUCUUCUCUUAGUGCUCCUAAUAGUUCUCAGACAAGCCCACAGGGAGCAGUUUCUAGCGCAGCUCCAGGGCCGCAAAAGCAGGCAAAGCCAGUGGAGAUGACGGAAAAUGGAAGUCAUCAGUUGAUAGUGAAGGCAAGAUUCAACUUCAAGCAGACUAAUGAAGACGAACUGUCAGUCUGCAAAGGGGACAUCAUUUAUGUUACUCGCAUUGAGGAAGGAGGCUGGUGGGAAGGCACACUCAAUGGGAGAACAGGCUGGUUCCCUAGUAAUUAUGUCCGAGAAAUCAAAUCCAGUGAGAGACCCCUCUCCCCCAAGGCUGUCAAAGGAUUUGAAACUGCUCCACUUACCAAGAAUUAUUAUACUGUGGUGUUACAGAGCAUCUUGGAUACUGAAAAAGAGUAUGCUAAAGAACUUCAGUCUCUUCUUGUAACUUACUUAAGGCCACUGCAAUCCAAUAACAAUCUGAGUACUGUGGAGUUUACAUCUCUCCUGGGAAACUUCGAGGAAAUAUGUACAUUUCAACAGACACUCUGCCAAGCUUUGGAAGAAUGUUCAAAGUUUCCAGAAAAUCAACACAAAGUGGGAGGUUGUCUACUGAAUCUCAUGCCUCACUUUAAAUCGAUGUAUCUGGCUUACUGUGCAAAUCAUCCUUCAGCUGUAAAUGUGCUCACCCAGCACAGUGAUGAGCUGGAACAGUUUAUGGAAAGCCAAGGUGCAUCCAGCCCAGGUAUCCUCAUUUUAACCACAAGUCUCAGCAAACCAUUCAUGCGACUAGAGAAGUACGUUACUCUCUUGCAAGAGCUGGAACGGCAUAUGGAGGAUACUCAUCCAGAUCAUCAGGAUGUUCUGAAAGCAAUCGUAGCUUUCAAAACUCUCAUGGGGCAGUGCCAAGAUCUGAGAAAGAGAAAACAGCUGGAGUUGCAGAUACUUUCCGAUCCUAUUCAGGCAUGGGAAGGGGAGGAUAUUAAAACCUUGGGAAACGUGAUCUUUAUGUCACAAGUAAUGGUGCAGUAUGGAACAUCUGAGGACAAAGAGGAACGGUACCUUAUGUUGUUUUCAAAUGUCCUGAUAAUGUUAUCUGCAAGUCCUCGGAUGAGUGGCUUCAUCUAUCAGGGAAAAAUACCAAUAGCAGGAAUGGUGGUGACUAGAUUAGAUGAAAUUGAAGGGAAUGACUGCACAUUUGAAAUCACAGGUAGCAUAGUAGAGAGGAUUGUGGUCCACUGCAAUAACAACCAGGACUUCCAGGAGUGGUUGGAGCAGCUGAGCAGGCUGACCAGAGGGCCUGCAUCUUGCAGUUCAUUAUCCAAAACAUCGUCAUCAUCAUGCAGUGCUCAUUCCUCUUUUAGCUCUACUGGACUGCCCCGAGGACCCUUGGAGCCUCCUCAAAUUAUAAAACCGUGGAGUUUAAGUUGUCUACGACCUGCACCUCCACUUAGACCAUCAGCAGCACUAGGUUAUAAAGAGAGGAUGUCUUAUAUCUUAAAGGAGUCCAGUAAAAGCCCCAAAACAAUGAAGAAGUUUCUUCAUAAAAGAAAGACUGAGAGAAAACCAUCAGAAGAGGAAUAUGUGAUUAGGAAAAGUACAGCUGCUCUGGAGGAGGAUGCCCAGAUUCUUAAGGUGAUUGAAGCCUACUGCACCAGUGCCAAUAUUCAACAAGGUGCUCGGAAAGAUUCGGUUCCACAAGUCUUACUCCCCGAGGAAGAGAAACUCAUCAUCGAAGAAACUAGAAGCAACGGCCAGACCAUCAUCGAGGAAAAGAGCCUUGUCGAUACUGUUUACGCCUUGAAGGAUGAGGUCAAAGAACUGAAGCAGGAGAAUAAAAGAAUGAAGCAAUGCCUGGAAGAAGAACUGAAGUCAAGAAGGGACCUGGAAAAGCUGGUCCGAAGGCUGUUGAAGCAAACAGAUGAGUGCAUUCGAGCUGAAUCCAGUAGCAAGACCUCAGUUCUCCCAUAACCACCACUGUGCAGCUGGGCAGAGCGUGCCUUCAGCGUGUCUUGAAAUGUCUGGCUCAAUGACUUGAUUCAGUUCUCACUUCUUUGGCUUUUGCUUUGUGUUUGAGUCUCUAUCUCUUUCUGUGUGUGAGUGUGUGUGUGUGUGUGUAUGUGUGUGUGUACACAGUGUGUGUGUGUUUACUUGGCUAUUUGUUAUUUUUUGGUUAUGAGUUAGUUGGUUAUUUUUGCAACAGGAAAAAGCAGAGAGUGGUGAUAAUCAUGGCCCCAGAGUCUUCUCCAUUCAAUAAGAAAAGGAAAGCUAGUACAGGCGGAUGACUUCACUGUUCUUCAGACAGCCUUCAUUUCACAGUGCCUCUGCAAUAGCCCUGCCACUGACUCACACUUAUUGAUCUGGCAGCUAUCUCAGAGCAGCUAACCAUGGCGUAUUAGAUACGGACCUGACUUUCCUGUGAAUACUUUGCUGUACAGCUACCCUCAGUACUUAAUUUACUGAAGGUAAAUCUUCCUGAGUUUUGACCAGAGAAGGUGAAAGACUAGCACAUUGCCCAAUGAUCUAGCUUCCCUUCCCUAGUCUGAGACAUGCCACCCUUCAAUCACAUUUUUGUUCUUACUGCCCUAUAUUGCCUGUAAGAUCAAGAAAACUGUAGUAGUUGUAUUCCUUCUAUGCUGGUGUACAUUUUAACUCAGUGGCACAGAAGCUGUGAUCACUCACACCAACAGCAAACCCAUUGGCAAAUUGCAUUGGGCAAUCCUCCUUUCAGCGGCAGAGUUGACCAGCUCUUCCCAGUGCAUGAUAGGUCUUCUUCCCUACCUUUCUGCCUCAUGUGUAAGUUUUCUAUUCCCCAGUGCUUUUAGCCUGGCAUACCAAGUGGUGUGUAAAAUGGUAUGUAUGUGUUUGUGCUUACUUUUUUAAAAAUGUAGUUAGACUGUGAGUAGUUAACUUUGCAUAUUCAAACUGUGACUUUUCACCCUACAAAAGAGUCUGUAUUGAGAAGAUAUUGUGCACCAUGAGAAGCUGUAAUAAUCAUUGCCCCCUUUUGAACAGGACGCCAAGCAUUAUUUGCUGACACAUGCUGUUGGUCCAGUUUGUAUAACCAGAAUGAAGGGGCUCCACUAGUAGCUGCGCUGGUUACUAAUCUGAUUACGUGGAAAUGCUUUAUGCAAGUUGCUUAUUGAAGCAAACCACAGGUGUAAAUAUCCCAGAAGUUAGAACUGAGAAAGCAGGUUUCGAAGAGAGUCACAGAACAGUGCAGAUCCAAAUUCAGCACAACUCAAAGUUGACCCAAGGCUCUGGGACACUCCACUUCCCCUGAAGACAGAGGGCAUUUAGCUAGAUUGGGAAGAUCAUUGAAAAGAGGCAAAAGGCCAAGAGGCUGAUGGAAGUUGUCCUGCAAAUACGUUUGAUAGGUGCCUGUAAAUGUUGGUUUUGCCCAUGUUGUUAAGAAACCAAACUUGAAACUUAAGACCUCCAGCUUGCUGAGAGCCCUUUUUCUUUCUGGUACUGAAGGUCUCAGGGUUCCCUAGAUUCAUGGUACAGAGCUGUUGCCUGCGUGGUGAGCAGUAGAAGCAGCAGCUUGCUUAGACAACAGUGGACUCUUCCUGCAGUACAACUUCAGCCAAUCACACUCAGCCAUUCUUGGAAGCUCAAGAGUGACGAUUUCUAGGAACGGCUGUUGUUCUGUUUUGAAGUACUGAAAUUUAGCUAUGACAUCUUGUAUCUAAAAAUUAAAAACACCAACAGUAAUUACCUAGAUGUUCACAUCUGCCCUGUCUGUGGUUAGUCAAUGGCUUACAAUAAAUGUGCGUACUAUAGCUAUAGGAAACACUUUUGUGAUUACAAAAUACUUUAGUUGAUUGCUUACAAUAUUGAAAGAUCUUUAUUUUAAAGUAAUGUGUACAUAUGCAUGUUCUUGGGACUUGGCCUUCCUGCUGAGAGGCCCUGGGUACUCUGGGUAAUGAGGCUUGUGCGCUUAUACACUAAACAAUAAUAUAAAGGAAAUGAAGCCAUGUUAAUCCGAGAGCAGUGUCUCAUAGUUGUGUUGUUUACAAUACUCUACAAAUGGAUUCCUGUUACUCUGUAAUUAAGUUGCCGCCCUUAGAGGCCUUUCAGUUUCUUCUCUGUCAUACCCCUUCUUACACAAACCCAAAUUUUCUAACUUGUUUUUAUUUUCAAAACUUUUAAAAUUGACAUUUUCAAUAAAUAAGAAUAAACAGUGCUUUAUAAAAUAA